AUGGAGGAGGUAGCAACCAAUGUCACCUUUUGCACCACUGAUAUGGUUUUCAAGCAAGCCAAUGCUUCUACUUGUUGGCCAAGCAUGACAGGAGCUGGACCAGAGACAGUAAUUAUCCCCGUGCUGUUUGGACUGAUCUUUUUACUGGGCAUGGUGGGGAACACACUAGUACUGGUGGUACUUGGCCGUCUCCCACCAGGUGGACGUCCAUCCCGCAGUGCCACCAACAUCUUCAUCCUCAACUUGAGCAUUGCGGACUUUUCUUUCCUUCUCUUCUGUGUCCCAUUCCAGGCCACCAUUUACUCCUUGCCAGAGUGGAUCUUUGGUGCCUUCUUCUGUAAGUGGGUGCACUAUCUCGUCAUGGCCACCAUGCUUGUUAGCAUCUUCACCUUGGUGGCCAUGUCAGUGGACCGCUACAUCGCUGUGGUCCACGCUAAGCGCUCCCUGUGCAUUCGAAGCAAGCGGAAUGCCACUCUUGGGGUGGGCAUCAUCUGGUUCCUCUCUCUCCUCUUUGCCAUCCCCGUGGCUGAGCACCAGGAACUUUUAAACGGGCACCAGCAGGCGCCCAACAGCUCUUUCUGCUGGGAACACUGGCCUGGCAAUCCGGGAGCCAAGCAGAUGUACAAGGUGACCAUCUUCGUGGUGGGUUAUCUGCUACCUCUGGUGCUCAUCACGUGCUGCUACACCAAGGUUUUAUAUCACCUUCAUAAAAAAGUGAAGAAUAUUUCCAGGAAGUCAGAGAGAUCAAAGAGAAAGACGGCGCAGACCGUCCUGCUGGUUGUUGCCGUCUUCCUGAUCUCCUGGCUCCCACACCACAUCAUCACAAUGUGGGCCGAAUUUGGGCAGUUCCCGCUGAACAAUGUCUCCUUCACCUUCCGCAUCAUCUCCCAUUGCUUGGCCUACGGGAACUCCUGCAUCAACCCCAUCAUCUACGCGUUCCUCUCGGAGAAUUUCCGCAAUGCCUGCCGCCAAGUCUUCACUUGCAAGUUCCUCCUUCAGCCAGCCCCUGCAGACAAGCUGGUGAGAGUUCGCAUGGAGAAUUUUUCCACCACUCACUCCACAACCACCGUGUGA